CUCGACCAACCGUUGAUAUGUAACCUGUCACAUCUCCAAGCACCGGGUACGAGAUGCCCCAAAUUUGCCAUAAAAUGCGAAGAUUGGGCUUCUCUCUCCUCCACCGCAGCUCUUCCCUUCCCCCCUCAUUUUCUGUCCCUUCAGUCACCAGGACAUGCUGUCUCCACAGAGUGGUCCUCAGUGGGUUGCACCCUUGCUACCAGGGCUGUCUCCCGGGUCACAGCUACCAACACAGGAGUGGUAUGAGCACAGCCCUCAGGCAGCACAUACAGGACCUGAGUGGGCCCGAACAGAGACUGUUGAAUAAACUGUAUGAAGGGCUGAUUGGAGAACAGCGGGCGUCUCUGGCUGAGUCCAUUACUUUGGUUGAGACCCAGCACCCAAGGAAGAAGGAGCUGGCUCAGGUGCUGCUGCAGAGGGUGCUGGCCUACAGGAGGGAGCAGGAGAGUCGGAAUGGAGGGAAGCCGGUGGCCUUCAGAGUAGGACUGUCAGGUCCCCCAGGAGCAGGGAAGUCCUCCUUUAUUGAGGUGGUGGGGAAAAUGUUGACAGGACGUGGACAUAAAGUUUCAGUGCUUGCUGUUGACCCGUCUUCCUGCACAACAGGAGGGUCUCUGAUGGGUGAUAAAACGCGAAUGACUGAGCUCUCCAGGGACAUGAAUGCUUUUAUCAGACCAUCGCCUACCUCAGGAACACUUGGUGGAGUCACCAGGACCACUAACGAGGCCAUUGUUCUCUGUGAGGGUGCAGGAUAUAAUAUUGUCCUUGUAGAGACAGUAGGUGUGGGCCAGUCGGAGUUUGCAGUGGCUGACAUGGUUGACAUGUUUGUGCUGUUGAUCCCACCAGCAGGGGGCGAUGAACUUCAGGGUAUCAAGAGGGGCAUCAUCGAGAGGGCCGACUUGGUGGUGGUUACAAAGUCGGAUGGAGACCUGGUGGUGCCGGCCAGGAGGAUCCAGGCCGAAUACACCAGCGCUCUCAAGCUGCUCAGGAGACAGUCCAAGUCCUGGAACCCUAAGGUGGUGCGUGCCUCUUCACACACCUUCGAGGGGAUCCCAGAGGUCUGGGCUAAGAUGGAGUCAUACCGGGACGCCAUGUUAGCCAGCGGUGAGCUUCAGGGCCGGCGGAGAGCCCAGCAGAAAGUUUGGAUGUGGAGUUUGAUCCAAGAGAACGUCCUUCAGCAUUUCCAGAAUCACCCCAGUGUCAGAGACGCUCUGCCACACCUGGAGGAGCGAGUCACCAAAGGAGCCAUCUCUCCAGGACUGGCUGCUGACCUGCUUCUCAAAGCCUUUUCUUCAUCACCAUCAUAGCAGUCAUCACCAUAGACAUUAACAUCAAAGUAAUCAAGAUAGUGAUCAAUGGGACUUGAAUUUUGAGCAAGGGUGGAUGCAGCAUGACUGAUCAGGGCCACACAGUGCUGAAGUAAGCCAGGACAACGUCAGAUGGAGCUUUACUCACACAAAAGAGACCAUGAUGAGACUUAAGUUGAAGUCACUCCUUUACAGAAGCUACAGUCUCUGCAUAAAAUCCAUCAGAAGAUAAAGAGUGAGAGUCCACACUUGUCUGCUGCUGAUUUAGGAGACAUCUACAAGAGAAUAAGGGUUGUCAUGACUCCAAAAUUUGAUAAAACACUAGUAAAAUCAAAUGAUUUGCUGUAAUUGAUGCUAGAAUUGUCGUGGACACAAACACUACAGAAUUUCACCAAAAUUUUAACACGGUUGUUAUUAAACAGAGUACAGUAAUGGCCCUCUUGUUACUGGAGAAUAGUUUGCACAAUACCUAGACUGCCCAUAAAAGGGAAAAAUAUGGAGCCCUUCAGUUGGCAAAAAUGUGCUCCACUGUAAAAUGAAGCUGACCAUAUUUUAUUUUUAACCCCAAAUUCUCAGUAUUUUUAUCAAAGCAACAAAAAUAGACAUUUUAUAUAUUUUUGCUUUAUUAAAAAUUUAGCCUAUAAAAGUGUAAAUCCUCCUUUAUUUUCUUCUAUUGUGUGGCAGUGUUGCAAUGUGGGCAGGUCAAAUGAACUAAACCAUUUGGCUGGUAAUGUCAGAUUUCAUUGCCUAGCCAUGAUCUUAGGCACUAAGGCCCAUUUUUAGGGAACUUUUGAACCCAAAAUAACAUCCUAAGAUAUUUUUUCAGCACCAGAAGGAGGCAGAUUUUUUGCCAAGAGGCUAGCACCAACAUUAGUUACCCAACUCAUGCAUUGACAUUAAUAAACCACAUCCCUGAACAACAGGCUGUUAAGGGCCUUAGCCAUUUCUGUAGGCAGGCAUGACAGUGAUCAUCGCUUAAUUUGUCACAUGAUUAUUUUUCAUGGCUUCAAUGCUGACAAAAGCAGUGUAAAAGGUGGUCAGAGAAAGACUAUUUGUACUGUUUGAUUGGUAUUUCACUCUACAAAAAGCUAUUAAAAGUGUUAAUUAAAAGAUCAACCUCAAAGUUGUUUUUAUAAUCACUUGUUGCUCUGUUGAAGUGGUAAGAUUUUUUAUGUCUCCUUAAAAAGCAACUGGAUGUAAAAACAUGUUCACUAUUUUUCUUUCUAAGUGGAAAAUUAUAAUAAAG